AUGGCGGAAAAUUACAACGCCGAGUCUGUGGAGACGAAAAAGAUUAUGCCAAACCCCAGGGCUGAGAUAGAUUUCUCGCCGCCGUUCGAGUCCGUCAAGGAGGCCGUCGACCGCUUCGGCGGCGGCGGCGCUCCCUGGAUACCCAUUCACCUGCUCCGUUUAGCCGCUGCUCGGCACGAUAAUAACGAGCCAUUCGACAUGACCAAAAUGGAGGAAGAAGCAAUGCUGUUAGAAAGGGACCUAUUCAUGAAAGAACAGCAGACCCAUAAUGUCCUAAAAGAACUCGACGCCGCUAAAAAGCUGCUCGACAGCUUAAAACUCGACCUCAUUCCCGAAUUCUCUUCCUCCUCCGCCCCAACUCCUGACAAUAACUCAACCGAUCCGUAUUCUGCAGUCUCCCCGAGCCCCAUGUUCGUGGAACUAAAUCAAGCGAAACGAACCCUCAACCGCACGUCAACCGAUCUCGCCACAAUCCAAGCGUCCCUCGAGUCCCUCAACCGGAAGCUUCGUGAAGACAAGAUCUUGCUCGGGAGGACUAAAAUGCAAAUACAAACCUCCGAAAAUAAUCGAGAUCUUCACGAGAAGAAAUUAUUAGGCACCGCAGCCCUCCUCCCGGACGAGCUCAAGGACAAGGAGUUUACGAGCUUCGAGGCGGAGCAGUUCAAGAGGAUGACGGAAGCUUCUAGAUACGAGGUCGUAAAAGCGAUGGCCGAGAUCGAACGGACCAAAGACAGCAUCAAGAUGGCCGAGAUGAGGCUCCAUGCUGCCAAGAAAAUGGAGGAGGCUGCCAAAGCGGUCGAGGCCAUCGCCCUCGCCGAAAAAACCGCAUUUUCGAACGGGAAGAAAAGUUUGCCGGAUGUUGUUUUCCCUCCAAAAAAGGGCGAAAAACGGCCCGAGAUAUUCGAGGAGACCACGAAAAACGUUGUGUUGGAGCGCACGGGAAUUAAUAACAAUAACAACUUUGUGAAGUUCAAGUUCCGGAACUCGGUCGGGGCCCACAGGAGCCCACCGGAUGCUCCGGUGGGGGUGCGGAGGAUGGGCCCGCAGGACGAUGCUAUGGUGGGGAGGCGCGCGGAGGAUUAUCCUCCGGAAAGGGGACACGUGUCGUUGAGCCAGAUGCUGCAGGAACAGAGUCGGGGAAUCCUGCAUCAUCGUGACGAGCCGAAGGAAGAUGAGAAUAUUUUCGAGAAAAGGCAGUAUUUUUUCCAGAUGAAGAAGAAGAAGUUUGGGUUCAUUCAGGUGCCGGUUUAUAACAGGAAUAGCAAGAAGAAGAGGUGA